AUGGCCAAAGCUUUCUUCAGGCUCCAGAAGUUUCUCCGUCGGACCCAGUUCCUGCUCUUCUUCCUCACAGCAGCUUACCUGAUGGCUGGCAGCCUGCUGCUGCUGCAGCGGACCCGCCUGGUGAUCCAGCAAGGUUCACGUGGGACCUCUGCGAGUCAGGCCCUGCCGGUGCUGGACGGGACGGCCGGGGUUGGCAUGCUAGAGCCCAGGACACUGCAGAACCCCCGGCACGGGGCCAGGCUGCUGGUGGGCAUGGACACGCUGCAGGAGCCAGCCCUGGAGCAGUGGCACAGCCCGCGGUGGCUCGUGUCCCGCAACGUGGAGCUCAGGCAGCUGAGGAGGAGGUGGUUUCACAGGUUCAUCAGCGACCAGGAGCCCAUGCAGACAGUGGGCUUUAAAGCAAUGAAGCACACUGCUGAGCACAAAGGCACCUAUGUGGGAUGCUUCAGCGAUGACUCGAGGGAGAGGACGCUGAAGGGAGCUGUGUUCUACGACUUAAGGAAGAUGACAGUGUCCCACUGCCAGGAAGCUUGUGCUGAGAGGGCGUACGCCUUGGCGGGGCUGGCGUACGGAGCCGAAUGCUACUGCGGGAACCAGCUGCCGGCCAGCGCGGCCAAGCCGGAGGAGUGCAACAGCGAAUGCAAGGGCGAGAAGGGCUCCGUCUGCGGAGGGGUCAACCGGCUCUCGGUCUACAGGGUGGAGGAGCUGCGGGCAGCGGCCAGGAGACGGAGGAAUGUUAUCUAUCGAGGAUGUUUUAGAGCUCCAGAAAAUUUAACAGACACCUUCCCAGCCUCUUUGAUGCAGCCCAAUUUGACGGUGGAGAUGUGCUCUGAAUUUUGCUCCAAGAAAGAGUUUCCCUUGGCAGUCAUCCCGGGGCAGGAGUGCUACUGUGGGUACCCCACCGGGCGCUUCCCGCUGCGCCACGGUGCCGACGGGCAGCUCUGCAGCGCCGGCCGGGCUGGGUACUGCCAAGUCUAUCAGACACCAGUGCAAGACACUCGCUGCACGGACAGGAGGUUCUUGGCCACCAAGUCCAAAGGCUUUGUAGCCCUGUCCAGCUUCCCUGGGGCUGGGAACACCUGGGCUCGGCACCUGAUCGAGCACGCCACAGGCUACUACACCGGCAGCUACUACUUCGAUGGAGCCCUCUACAACAAGGGUUUUAAAGGGGAAAAAGACCACUGGAGAAGCAGGAGGACCAUCUGUGUGAAGACGCACGAGAGCGGCAGGACGGAGAUCGAGAUGUUUGACUCUGCCAUCCUGCUGAUCAGGAACCCCUACAAGUCGCUGGUGGCCGAGUUCAACCGCAAGUACGCCGGGCACCUGGGCUACGCCGCCGAGCGCGCCUGGCACAGCAAAGAGUGGCCUGAUUUUGUCAACAGCUACGCCUCGUGGUGGGCCUCCCACGUCCUGGACUGGCUGAAGUAUGGGAAGCGCCUGCUGGUCGUCCACUACGAGGACCUGAAGCAGAGCCUCAUCCCCAAGCUGAAGGAGAUGGUGGAGUUCCUGAACAUGACAGUGACAGAGGACAGGCUGCUCUGCGUGGAGAACAACAGGGAUGGGAAUUUCAAACGGUCUGGUGCUAAGCAAAAGGAUUUUGAGCCAUUCACCCAGGAAAUGAAAGAUCUUAUCAACAGAUACAUCCUGACAGUGGAUGAAGCCCUGAGGGAAAGAAACUUCACAGGGCUGCCCAGAGAGUAUGUGCCAAGAUGA